AUGGUGCAGCUGAUGGACCGUGAGCCUUGGAAACUCUCACAGUCUGGACGCAGGAAGCAGGACUAUGGUCCCAAAGUCAACUUUCGGAAACAAAAGCUCAAGACUGCUGGCUUCCAAGGCCUCCCCAGCUUCAGCCGGGAGAUAGUGCGGAGAAUGGGCCUCUACCCCAUCCUGGAGGACUUCCGGCCCGUGGAGCAGUGUAACCUGGACUACUGCCCAGAACGGGGCUCAGCCAUCGAUCCCCACCUGGAUGACACCUGGCUGUGGGGGGAGCGGCUAGUGAGCCUCAACCUCCUGUCCCCCACCGUGCUGUCCAUGUCCCGGGAGGCGCCUGGCAGCCUACUGCUCUGCCUGGCCCCAUCCGGCUUCCCGGAAGCUCUGGAAGGUGUGAUGGCCCCUAGUAGGUCCGUCCUGUGCCAGGAGGUGGAGGUGGCUGUCCCCUUACCCCGCUGCUCUCUGCUUGUGCUCACCGGAGCCGCACGGCACCAGUGGAAGCAUGCCAUCCACCGCAGACACGUCGAGGCCCGCCGUGUGUGUGCCACCUUCAGGGAGCUGUCGGCCGAAUUCUGUCCUGGUGGGAGGCAGCAAGAACUUGGGCAGGAGCUCCUGCAAAUCUCUCUCUCCUUUCAGGGGAGACCCAUGUGA